AUGCGUCUCAUCUCAUUUCAUACAUUUAACCUCAUAAUGUAUAGUCUUCCAUUUUCCAAUGUGGCCAACUCUUUGAGUUUUGAUACACAUUUAUCACAAUCUUUCUUAACAAAUUCCCGUUGUAAAUUUAACUACAAAUCCAAUUGUUUAGUCGAGAAAUUUCCAUUGUCGGUGAAUGAAAGCCUAAACCAACUCAGGGAAUCACUGGGAAGCGAUUACUUCAUAUCCCGGGAAGAAGUAGUGAAUGGAGAGGACAAGUUGAUAUGGGCUGAUGAAAAAAUGCCAUUACUAAGACUUUAUACUGAUGCUAGGGAGCGUAUUAUGGACUUGGAUCGGCCCCAACCGUUUCAAAUUGGCGAUUAUGCUUAUGUUAUCAUUGGAAAGCUAAAACACUCAAGGGGCACUGUACUAAAGGUGGAAAGGGAGGAUAUAGGAGGGAGAUUUAAGAUUUUCACGUCAAUGGACUGUAGGAAUGAGAAAGGGGAAUUGUUUCAGUCAUUAUCACAAUAUCAUGGGAAGGGGAGAUGGUUUUACGAUUCGGCACUAUCCAAGAUGCCUUUAGAUGCUGCAAAGAGUCCUCCAUUGCCGGGCUCUAGUAAUUAUACCAAAAUUAUACACGUAGAAACCCCCACAAGACUAGAAGAUGCUAAGACUAUUAGUGAGGUUGUGGGAUUGGCAGAUCCUGUUAAUCCAUGCAAAAACUUGAUUAUGGCAUCUAGCGUGGUUGGAAUUGGCGAUUUUAUGAACUCUAAACGAAAUCCAAACAUUAUACCAGGGUACACAUCCAUGGUAAAUAACUCACUAAACUACAUUUCCAAUUGCCAAAAUAUUGAUCUACACGAUUACUUGCAUUCUUUAUUUGCCAUUUCUAUACUGGGACUAAAACAAGAUGACUAUCCCAAUCUACAACAAGCAAUUUCUACAAUAAUCAGCAAUCUAACACUUGAUAAUUUAUGCACGUUGAGCAUAAAAGAUUUAUCUGAUAUCAUUAGAUCAUUGUAUUAUACAGGCAAUAGGGAUGUUAGACUUAUUGGAGACAUUUGUUACCUUCUAAAUGGGAUGGAUAUAAGUGUUCACGACCUGGUUUCAUUAUUAUUCUCACUUUCACAGUUAAGGUGGAAAGAUUAUACCAUAGUCAAACACUUUGAGGGGUUAAUUUUGGACAAGUUUCACGACAUAUCCAGAGGAGAUGCAGCACUUUUGUUGAAUUACCUAGUGAAGCUGAAUAGUAACAAUUCACAAUUAUUGGACAUGUUAUAUCAAAAGGCUGUCACCAGACAUUCAAUAACAUCAACGUAUCCCAAUAUAACACUUUGCAAGUUUAUCAUGUUAUUUGAGGCAGUAUCCACAAUCCCUCGAUUAUAUCAAAAAUUUUUGGUUGAAACAAAACUAUUACUGCCACAGGCAAUAUCGCAGUCAGAUUGGCCCAUGCUGCUUAGAAUUGCAACCUGUUUUAAAAAGGCAGAGGAAAGGGAUUUAAAGUACUAUGAGUUGAUUUAUUUGAGGGGUAUGGAUCUUUUUCACAUUUUAACAUUUGAUCAAUCAUUAGAACUGUUGGAGAUGGCUGCCCUUCUUGGCAAACAAGAUAGCAAACUACUGAACCUGCCACUUAGUAAUAUAUCAAUCAAUCAAAUUGGAAGGUGUCUAAUGGCACUGUCCAAGUUAUUUUCCGAGUACAAACUGAGCAAUGAAGAGUUUAAGCAACUUGAAAGCUUGGUUACAACACUCAAGGACAAAUUCAACACUAUACAUGUGAAUGAGAGUAUGAUGGACGGGGCUAGUACAUAUAGGAUGGUUAAAAAUUUAAACAGAACUUUAACAUCAUUGGGGAGUAUGAAACGUUCAUCCGAAUCUUUAACACCAAAGGCCCUUGAAAUUUUAACAAAUGCAAAUUGUACAGAUAAUAAUUUAAAACUCCUUUCCAUAUGGUCCGAAACCAUAACCAUUCUGAUGCUUACCCAACUAAAUGGCACUUACACACUCGAGACAAUCAAAUUAGAUGAUCGGUUUCACAUACUGGACCAAAGACUUUUCGAUAUCGCAAUUACACUGGUAAAUAGUUAUACAAAAGCAAGCCGUUAUUUGAUCACUGUAAUAACUAGCUCAAUAUAUUCCAUGUCUAUUAUGGACAGUUUUUGCAGGCGCGACCUAUCUACACUCUAUGAGUUUUGCAAGCGUAACAUGAACACCAUGGACAAUGUACACUUGUUGAUGAUCUCGGAUGCAAUACCUAAAAUGAAAGACCCCGAGGCCAAUGAAUGGAGAGCGUUAUUUACCAACAUACGAAAGGGAAUCGAUCGUAUAACACAAUCAGACAUAACUAAUUCGACACCUGAUAAUUAA